AUGCCUACCCGUUUCUCGAAGACCCGGAAGCACCGCGGCCACGUUUCCGCCGGUUACGGUCGUGUCGGCAAGCACCGCAAGUCCCCCGGUGGUCGUGGUAUGGCCGGUGGUCAGCACCACCACCGUACCAACAUCGACAAGUACCACCCUGGUUACUUCGGUAAGGUUGGUAUGCGCUACUUCCACAAGACUCAGCAGCAGUUCUGGAAGCCUACCAUCAACCUCGACAAGCUCUGGUCCCUUGUCCCCGCCGAGCAGCGUGACGCCUACCUCGCUGGCUCCAAGACUGACGUCGCCCCCGUCAUCGACCUCCUGCCCCUCGGCUACUCCAAGGUCCUCGGCAAGGGCCGUCUCCCCCAGAUCCCCGUCGUCAUCCGUGCCCGUUACUUCAGCCGUGAUGCCGAGCAGAAGAUCAAGGAGGCUGGUGGUGUCUGCGAGCUCGUCGCAUAA